UGCUGUCCCUCCCAGAACCCAGGCUGGGAUAGAGCGGGGCAGACGAGCCUGGCCCUGCUGUCCCGUGGAAGCACUCACUGGCCAGGACAGCAGACAUGGUCUGAAGCCCGGCAAGGCUGGUGGCCGCAUCCGACACUCAGGAAAGCCCAAGCUGACAAGGGACACCUGUCCACAGCCAUGCAUGCCAGCUGCCACUCCAGGCCUAUUUCAUCCCAAGGCCCGCAAUGACACCCAACAGCACCAGGGAGGAGUCCAGCCCCAUUCCUUCGGUGGCCCUGGGGCUCUACCUGGCCCUGGCAAGUCUCAUUGUUGUUGCCAACCUGCUCCUGGCCCUGGGCAUCUCCUGGGACCACCAUCUGCGCAGCCAACCCGCAGGCUGCUUCUUCCUGAGCCUGCUGCUGGCCGGAGUGCUCACAGGGCUGGCACUGCCCAUCCUGCCAGGGUUGUGGAACCAAAGGCGCCGGGGCUACUGGUCCUGCCUCCUCCUCUACUUGACUCCCAACUUCACCUUCCUCUCUCUGCUUGCUAACCUGCUGCUGGUGCAUGGAGAGCGCUAUGUGGCAGUGCUCCAGCCACUCCGGCCCCGUGGGAGCACUCGGCUGGCCCUGCUCUUCACCUGGGCAGCCUCCCUAAUCUUUGGCAGCCUUCCUGCACUAGGUUGGAACCACUGGAGCCCUGGUGCCAACUGCAGCUCCCAGUCUGUCUUCCCGGCCCCCUACCUCUACCUCGAAGUCUAUGGGCUCCUGCUGCCUGCUGUGGGGGCUGCCGCCCUUCUCUCUGUCCGAGUGCUGGCCACCGCCCACCGCCAGCUGCAGGAGAUCCGCCGGCUUGAGCGGGCAGUGUGCCGCAAUGCACCCUCCACCUUGGCCCGGACCCUCACCUGGAGGCAGGCCAGGGCCCAGGCUGGGGCCACACUGCUCUUUGGGCUGUGCUGGGGGCCCUACGUGGCCACCUUGCUCCUGUCUGUCCAAGCCUAUGAGAGACGCCCACCCCUAGGGCCUGGAACUCUGUUGUCCCUCAUCUCACUGAGCAGUGCCAGUGCAGCGGCCGUGCCAGUGGCCAUGGGUCUAGGCGACCAGCGCUACACAGCCCCCUGGAGGGCGGCCGCCCAAAGGUGGCUGCAAGUGCUUCAGAGAAGAGCCUCAAGGGACAGUCCCGGCCCCAGCACUGCCUACCACACCAGCAGCCAAAGCAGCGUUGACCUGGACUUGAACUAGCAGAGGGCCUGCUGCUGACUCCUAGAAGCAUCAGACCAUCUCAGCCACCAGGUGCCUUCGUCCCCACCUUUCUGGAUCAGAGACUCCACCUCAUUGGACCCCACCCAGGUGGAAUAAAACUUGGCUGGCCCUUUAAA